UUGCAGGACGUGUUCUACUCAGGUGGGACAGGUGGCGCAGGUAGCAGCGGUAGCUCGGUUUCCAUCCAGCAAUAUUCACUCAACGACGGCAACUGUCAGUACGAAGACGGAUUUAUCAUUGAAAAUGGAGUACGGCGGCAAGCUACGGCUCAAGAAGUCGACCGCAUUUCGCAGUACAAGCAAUCGCUUAAUGACUACAUGAAGCAGGUUAAUGGAUAUGUUGGUGACUGGGUCAGCAACAUGUUCAAAAACCUUCCAUUCAAUUUGGGUCAAAGCUUCCCGCGAAUGCCAGACAUGCCACCAAUGCCUGAACCACCCUGUCUCUGCAGCGCAGAAACUUGUGCCCAAAUUCAACAACAGCGAGAUGCUAUUCAACGGCAGCGAGAUGCUAUACAACAACAGAUGCAAUCCGUAUUCGGAUCGGGAUCGCAGAUCGGCCAACAAUCAAGCCAAUAUGUAUCUGGAGCGUCCUACGGUAGCACGUCUCAGUACCAGCAGUCGCAAAUGCAGACACAACAAUAUCAACAAGGAGGGGUCACUCAAGGUUAUCGCCGAAGCAAGAAGUAA